CCUAGUCCGAUGACGAGUCCCUUCCGCUACCCUGCUUUUCCCUCAGGUUCUAUGAAGGAGGCUUCGCCGGAAGAGGCUGUAGCUGUAAGAGCGGUGUUUUGGGAAAUGAGCAAGUGUCCGCUUCCUGUUGGCUUUGAUCCUCGUUUGGUUGUUCCGUGUAUCAAACUGUAUUUGGAGAAGUAUGGCUACCAUGGUCCUUUCAGCAUCUUUGCCUUUGGUGUACUAGACGACGUUCCUAUUGACAUUCUUAGAGGAUUCUAUUCCACUGGAAUCGCUCUUACUAACGUCCCCAACUGCGAGGGCUUUGGAAUUGGUCAGCGUAUUUUUGACUUUACUGACAAGAACCCACGUCCAGCUACUAUUGUUGCGUUAUCUGAUGGGGACCUUAAAAUAACUAACUUCAUACGAAGAGUUGCUGGAUACAACUUGCUUGAGCCGAAAUUCGGUGAUAUUCUGUCAUUAUCACGAGAUUCGGUAAUCCUACCUCACGGACAAAGAGGUGACCCUCACUACUGGGAUUGCUUAGUAUGCCAGCGUGACCCUCCUAGCCAAGACUUUGACGAGUUCACCGCCCAUCUCUCUAGUGAAGAACAUCAGGGGCUGAGAUUGGGCUGGUUACCCGAUCGUCCUCGGUGUGUACCCUCAGCUCCCCUUCCCCUUGAUUCUCAUCCGGCCUUUGCUACUAGAAUGCCGGGGGAACACUCCUGGGACCAGGAGCCUGUAUUAACCAAAGUGCUUUGGGACAUCAAUGGCUGUCCUGUUCCCUCUGACUUUCAUCCUCUUCUUGUUGGUCCAUGUAUUAAACGGUUUUUGGAGGAUUCAAGCUACCCUCGUCCUUUUAGCAUCGUUGCCAUUGGCCUACUGUCAGACGUCCCUGAAGAUACCCUGCGAGCUCUCUCUUCCACUGGAAUUAUUCUUCAUAACGUCGCUUACAGUUCCGGUGGCCUUGAGGAUCUUUAUUUUGAGCUCACCGAAUUUUGUGAAAAACCUCCAGCUAAUUUCAUUGUCAUAGCCCCUCCGUCCGAUGGUCUUUACCAUGAAUUGUAUGAAAGCUUAGAUCUGGGAUGUACAACAUCGCUUAAGAUUCGUGAGACUCUUCCUUGUGAAUUUCUGGGAGAUACAGCAGCGUUUGAGGAGGCACUUGAGGAGGAUAAGGGCAGUGAAGCGGGUGAAUCUGCCUACUGGUUUUGCUCAGUAUGCUGCCAUGGUCAUGCUUUCCAAGGCAUUGAAAAUUUCAUCACGCAUCUCUCUGGUAGAGCACACCAACGGAAGAUUUUGGACCACUUGCCAAGAGCAGAACGGGUUUCUCGUCCGGACAGAACAACCAGGCAAGUUUUAAUAUCCUUUAACGUUGAGAUUUCUAAUUUUUAGAAUUCUGUAUUUUAAAAAAAAGAAUUCUGUAUU